UGCUAUUCAAAGCAAGAGCCCAUAAAAUCGUUUUCUGUUCCCUGAGUAAAUUCCGCUUCGUACAACCCCGUGCCAUGAACAACUCUCGCUGGGCCCUAGACAGCAACAAAACUUUUCAGUUGGAAAAUGAAGCUCCGUUCGAAAACCACCUACUCGCUUGACUAUGUCAACAAUCACCUUCGCUGGGCAGUCCUGCCUACAGAGGUUCGACUGACGAUCCUGGAGCAAGUUGAAAUCGGAAAUAAAGGACACGAUUUGUCGGACUGGGCAAGUGUCUCAAGGGAAUGGCGAGCCUUCUUCGAAACGCAAAUUUUCCAACACAUGAAGCUUCGAUAUCCUGGCCCUGACAUCGAUAAUUUAAGCUCUAAUGUUCACAUUUAUUGCAGAGAUCUCGUCAAGGAGAUAUCACUCCACGUCUGCCUCGAAGAAUACGAUAAUCUUUUCAACCAAGCGCCGAAAAAGUUAUUCAUCUCUCUUUCAACAUAGGCUACGCCUAAAGGAGGCGUUAAAUUAAGGUUGAGCGCCAGCUCUCCGAGUGAUUCAGGCCACCCCUGGGAGCAUCGCGCCGAGGCGAGCCAACAUGAUCGCAGACGUGCAUACUCC